GUCACAUUCCCGCAUCGUUGUGGCAGCAGCCGGUCGGCGGUGAACCCGUGAGGCUCGGCUGGGCUCGGCUCCGAAACGUAACAGUAGACGAGCAUGGAGAACUCCUCAGUAGCCUCAGCUUCCUCGGAAGCCGGAAGUAACCGAUCUCAGGAAAUAGAGGAGCUGGAAAGGUUCAUUGAUAGCUAUGUCCUCGAAUACCAGGUUCAGGGGUUGCUCACAGACAGACCUGAAAACGACGUAGAUGGUGAAAAGACACCACCAAACUCACAGUGGAAUGAGGAUUUCACUGACACGCUAGGUGUACACUGGUCAUCUCCGAAAGAGAAGAACUCCUGCAAACAAACAAACCAGAUCUGUAACCAAGAAACAUCUUAUGACAUUCUGGGGACAGAUAUCUGGGCAGUUAACUCCUUUGAAAACAUUAGUGGAGCCACAUGGGAUCUACAACCUGAGAAAUUACAUUUCACCAGCUCGUUUCAUCGAAGGCAUUUCCAAAACGCUUCCAAGUCCCUCCCUCACAUUGAGCGAGAAGGAAUGGUAAGAGGGAAGUUUGAAGAGGAACGAAACAUCACUUUGAAUGAUCUGGACAAAGUGCUUCCCGUGAGGACGGUCUAUCAACCAUUAUCGAAUGAAGCUGAAGUUGCACAAACCAAGAAAUUAUUCCGGAGACGAAGGAAUGAUCGGAGGAGACAGCAGAGGUCUUCAGGAGGAAACAAAAAUCCGCAGCAACAGCACGGGGAGCAUCAGCCCAGCAACGCAAAGCAUAACCGGGAUCACUCCAGACAGUACCAGCCCCCCGCGUCGCACGCAGGUGGAAAGCAGGGUGCGCCGAACCACGGCUACAGCCAACAGCGCAGAUGGCAGCACAACCAGAAACACUCUCCCAACCACAAGGAGUUGAACCGGAAUGCCAAAGACAGCAAUAAUGCUCCGGGGGAGGACCUCUCCAAAGGCUCUGCCCAGACAGCAGAGGAGCUGAACAAGCCCACAGACCCGCCCAACAGUCCCAGUCCACAGAACCUCCGGAACGCUGAAAUCAAACGCAAAGACAGCGUUCCGGAUCGGCAGGUGGACCAACCAAAAGUUAAUUUAUUGGAGUCUUCCAAAGAUAGGCUAAAAAGAAGGCUCAAGGAAAAGGACAACCCCCUCAGCCCAGGACACAAUCUAGUGAACCUUUGUUGCACUCCCUCUAAGGAUGAAAUUUCCUUGAACGUGACUAACCCUGAGAAAUCCAAAAUGGACAAAUUGAUUGAAAUUCUCAAUAGCAUGAGGAACAACAGUCGCGACGUGGACUCCAACCUCACCUCAUUCAUGGAGGAGGCUCAGAACUCUACCAACUCUGAGGAGAUGCUGAACGAGAUAGUUAAAACCAUUUAUCACAAGGCCGUUACGGACAGGAGCUUCGCUUCAACUGCCGCCAGACUCUGUGAUAAAAUGUCUCUCUUCAUGGUAGAAGGCACUAAAUUCCGAAGCUUGCUUCUCAAUAUGUUACAGAAAGAUUUCACGGUGAGGGAUGAGCUGCAGCAAACUGACGUUGAGCACUGGCUGGGAUUCAUCACCUUCCUCUGCGAAGUGUUUGGAAUCAUGAGAAGCAAUGCAGGAGAGCCUUUCCGGGUGCUCGUCUGCCCGAUCUAUACCUGUCUCCGUGAGCUGUUACUAUCACAAGAUGUCAAAGAAGAUGCCGUCCUCUGUUGCUCAAUGGAGCUGCAGAGCACAGGCAAGUUACUGGAGGAACAGUUGCCAGAGAUGAUGACAGAGCUGCUGGCCACCGCACGUGACAAGAUGCUGGGCCCCUCCGAGUCAGCACUGUCGAGGUCUCUCCUCCUCGAAGUUAUCGAGCUGCAUGCCAACAACUGGAACCCGCUAACCCCCACCAUCACACAGUACUACAACAACACCAUCCAGAAACUAACUGCUUAAAAAGCCUGAGAAACAAAAGCAAAAACAGCAGGGGGGAAAUAAAAGAGAAGCCAGGAAGGUGGAAGAUCAAAAUAUAGGAAGGUGCUGUCUUUUUUUUAAUACACAAAAAAAAGACUUUUUAUUGGAAAAGAGAGGAAUGUAUUACAUAAACCAGAAAGUCCCAGCAUGCUGCAAAUCACUUUAUGAGUGCAUUUUUUUUUUCAUUCGAGUGCCAAACCUUCCUUUUCCCUUUCCUGUGUUUUUGAUAUGUGGUUCAUCAGUCCACAACACAGAGACCUGUGGUUUGUAUGGACUGAAGCUCGCCUGGUAUUGUGUUGGGUGUGUGUAUGUGUAUGCGCUCUCUCGUGUUCUGUUUGAUCUGCCAUUCAAACAGCCGUGUUGCUGGCAAACUGGCAGAAGGUAACAUUUAGCACGUUCAGUGCCAGGCUCAAAUCAAUUACUUUGUUCGAGGCUGGUUUUAAAUUGACCUACUGUUUUCGUUUUAUGCAUUC